AUGUCUCGUCGGCUGACUUCAGAGCUCGAUCAAUUCACGACCCGACAGCAAUCCACGGGCGCCAGCGAGCAAACAGGAGAGGAUCAACCACCUAGUCCUCGACAUUCAUCAAUCCUUCCCGAACCGCCGCGGCACCUCCGCUGGUCGAUACCCAUGUCUGCGCACAACCGCCAGUCCAGCUCGACCGCGGAGCGCGCACGUUCGACACUGUCGGAGGAGGACCUUUCACGACAGCAACGGUUACAGCGUGUCCUAAUAGAGCUCUCGAGAGUUCAGGCGGCGGCUAGCGCAGCGUCUUCCAUAGUAGCUGCAUACAGCAACCGCACGCCUUCGCCAAAUCGCCAAAACCUCUACGACUGGGCUCCCUCACAACAUGGCCAGGAUCGCGAAGCAGCAAGAUUAGAGCGUCUGAUGCUAGACAGCGCGAGAGAUGAAGAGCAAGUUCAAACGGAAAGUCCGCGGACGGUCCAGCAGCGGUAUCUCCCCUUCGAGGAGGCCCGCCGCAGCGCUCUGUUGACGAGCACAGAAAUCGGACAGGAACAUCUCCGUGACAUGGGCUUGUCUGGCGCGGAGCAGUCUUCGCGAACACGCAGAAUUCUCAGACAGCAGCCGAAUCAGAUCAAUCCCCCGAGCGAAACCAAUCAACAACGGAGAGCUCGUGCGGCAUUGGGCAUCCUUUCCAACUUGCAACAAAGGCGCGACUAUCAGGCGAUAUCGCAGGCUGAUAUCAGGGCCCCGGCAAUUUUGGGGGCCCAGAUGCAGAGACUGAGGGCGCAGAUGGAAUCGUCGACGUCUCCAGUCGUGCCCAAUCCAUCAUCGACAUCUCCCGUCGCGCCCAGUCGAUCGUCGUCAUCUCUCCUGGAAAAGACGCUCCUCUACCUGGAUGAUCUGCGGGUUUGCGAUGAGGACGAGCAAGCCAUCGCCGCUGCGGCGAGUCGCGGCAUCGUAAGGCGGGAGUUGGAUACCGACAAGCACGGUGAUUUCAUCACCAGUCUCAACACUGUCGGGUCGUUUGCGGAGAGUUCAUGGCUCCAGCCUGGUACCAUCUUCAAAGGACAUCAACAAGCGACCACUGGCUCUGAUCCCUCUCAUCCGGAUGUUGCCUCUGUGGCCGCCGGAAGUGGCGGGCGCAGUCAGAGCCGAUCGCCUUCAACCGCUAGCUUUCGUAAUCUAACUCAGCCUUCGCACACGGUUGAUGAAGCGCCUUCUGGCGCCUCCAAUUCUCGGAGUAACCUUCAAGGCACACAGCCACGAAGCGGCACCAGCGCAGCAAAGGACCCCCAUGAUCAGUGGCCAGUCCGGGUGAUAAUCCACGCAGUGGACUACGACAAGAUGCUCAUCCAGGGCACCAUGGAGGCCUACGACGUCCCUCAAAACAACGGGCCGGCCACCCUCGUGCCAACCCUCUGCACAUCCCCCGACCAGGAAUCCCAGCUCAAGGCCGGGCAGAAAUCCGCCCCGAUCAAGACCUACCUCGAAGGCCACAUCAUCGACCUCCGAACCCACUCCUUCCUGACCCCCGACCCUUCCGCCCUCACCGACCCCAUCCCUCACGGCCCCCGCCACAACCCCUCCUCCAACAACCUCAUCUACUCCAACGCCAACCCCUCCACCGACGCCGCCUACUGGCGCCAACUGCCCCCCUUCUCCACCCUCCUCCGCCACCCCUCCUCCUCCUCCUCCAGCGCCAGCGCCUCUUCCAGCGACCCGCUCGCGCUCAUCCUCCUCUCGACAUCGCGCCUCCAGUCCCUGCACGAGAGGUACAUCUUCAUGCGGUGGAAGGAGCGCUGCUUCAUCCACAGCUCCAGCGAGCCCUGCGCCGACCCGGCGAACUGCUCCAACGACCAGGACCGCGGCCACGGCCUGACCAUCUCGGGCUUCUACUACGUCAGCCUGCGGAGGAGCGACGGCGCCGUCGAGGGCCUCUACCUCGACAGGGACAGCCGCCCGUUUCAGAGGCUGCGCCUGAGCGCCGAGAACGCCAGGUCCGGCUGGCCGGCCUUUGAGCUGCGCUGA